AUGUAAUAAUUGUCUCUCAACGAUAUUCCUUAAAAUUUGUUUCCCUUACCUAUUGUUAAGUCUCAUUAUGAAAUCCAGCAUCUUUAAGACUUAAGAAAUGAAUAAGAAAAUCAAAUUCUUUAAGAUCAUUCCAAAUUAAUUAAAGAGAAAACUCCAAAUCGUAGAGAUUAUACAUUAUAUUAGAAGAAUAAGAGGCAAUCAACUGUUACUUAGGAUCUUAAAAAUAGCAUUCGGAAAAUAUCUGAUUAUUAAAGCAUUUCUUAAGACUAAAUGCUUAAUUCUUAACAUUCGAUUCAUAACAAUAUAAUUGAUUGUUCAAUUAAUUAUAAAUAACUAAAUAAGCAUAUAAUAACUGAAUAAUAAUUCUAAAUCAAAUAAAAUCAAAUUUAACAAAUGAUCAGAGAAAAAUUAUAUACUUCCUAUUGUAAUUCAAUCAAAAAGCAAUCAAAAUUAAAUGGAACUUUAUUUGCGAAAAUUAAUGAAUUAGCUCCUUUUAUAUCUUAAGAUAAAAAUCUCCAUUAACCUUAAAUUAAAAGGAUAAAUGAAUUUAUGAAAUUUAGAUCUUAAUCAAUUCCUCUAAAUCAAAAUAUUGAAUUUAUUUAAAAUAGUGUUUAAAGAAUACAAUCUCUUCCAAGAAAUAAGAAUCAUCAUCAAUAAAAAUAUAAAAAUAAAUAAUCAACAUAGAGUUAAAUAUCAUUUCAAAAUAAAGAUGCUGCUAGGAUUAUUCACAAAUUAAACAGAAAAACAUAUAAAUUAUUAAAUGAAUCUUAUCCUGAAAUAGAUCCUACUCCUAUUGUAGAUUAUUAAAAAUAAAUACUUAACAAAAUUGAACUCAGAAAUUCUACUAAAAAAAAACUCAUUUAUAGUUUUUAAGAAAUCAUUGAUUAAUAUUGA